AUGGCAAACUACGACCGAGCCGCCAGCCUCGUAGAACUCGAACCAUCACCUGUAGAAGAAACACCCUCCGAUGGCAAAGAAAGCUACUUCCCGCACCCUGAAGACACGGAGAACCCAUCCCAACCACAACGAUCCUCGACCCUCGGCCUCUCCCAACACAGUCCUAUCUGGUACCUGACCCGAAUACAAAAGUACUCCAGCUACGUCUUCACCGCCUUCGGCGCCGCCCACAUCGUCAAUACCUCGAUAAUACCGCUCAUAACUCAAAGUGUGCCGCAGGCGGAACGAUAUGUCCUCCUUACUCGACCCUACUACCAAGGGAUUCCCGCCGAGCCAUUACUUGUCAUCAUACCGCUCUGGGCGCACGUGAUCUCCGGCGUGGCGUUACGGGUGAUCAGACGGAAUCUCAAUGCCAAGAGAUAUGGUGAUAGUGGAAGUAAGGAAGGGAAGAAGAGUUUCUUCAGCAGCGACUUCUGGCCCAAGGUUUCUGGUAUCAGCAAGCUGGGAUAUCCGUUCAUCUGGUUGCUGGCCGGGCAUAUCUUCAUCAACCGCGCCAUUCCCAAUCAAUUUCCUGGAGGGCAGUCGAAUGUCAACCUCAGCUAUGUCAGUCAUGCCUUCGCCAAGCACCCGGUUGUCAGCUACGCCGGCUUCUCAGCCUUGAUCAGUAUCGGCGUCUCACACAUAACAUGGGGAUGGGCGAAAUGGCUUGGCUUGACACCGGAUCAGACGACUGCACAGGGUAGCGACCGAGCGUUGUCGAAGAAGAGGAGAUGGUACAUCAUUAAUGGUGUGGCGGCGCUGAUAGCAGGUCUCUGGAUGGCUGGUGGAUUCGGAGUUAUUGGACAAGGAGGUCUGGCGAGAGGGUGGGUCGGCAACUUGUAUGAUCAGAUGUAUCAGCGGAUACCGGUCGUGGGUCACUGGUUGUGA